UGCGGCUAAACAUAAACAGCACUGAUUGACCUUGUGUUUCCAUCAGCCUUAAGCCACCAUGUCUCGAGGGCGUCAGCCCCCACUGGUCACAGGCAUCUCACCCAAAGAGGGACCGGCCUGGACCAAAGUCACCAUCCGUGGAGAAAACCUGGGUACUGGCCCAGCCGACCUCAUCGGUCUGUCCAUCUGUGGCCAUAACUGCCUGUUGACAGCUGAGUGGAUGUCGGCGAGCAAGAUCGUCUGCCGCGUGGGUCCUGCCAAAGACGACAAGGGAGAAAUCAUCGUCACAACCAAGUCUGGAGGUCUCGGCACUUCCACAGUGUCAUUCAAACUGCUCAGGCCAGAGAGGAUCGGUAUCCUGGACCAGUCUGCCGUGUGGGUGGACGAGAUGAACUACUAUGACAUGAGGACCAGUCGCAACAAAGGCAUCUCUCCCCUUUCCCUGCGACCCAGCAAUCCACUGGGCAUCAACAUAGACAAGGGCAAAAUCCCACAGAAAGACAUAGAAGAGAUGUUUCCAGCAAUGAGUGGAGAUUUCACCAGUGAGAACUUCUCUGCCACUUGGUACCUCUUAGAAAACCAUUCAGGCACCAGCUUUGAGCAGCUGAAGAUGGCAGCCACUAAUCUGAAGAAACAGGCGACGAAGAAGAAUGAGGGAAGUCUGGCUUAUGUCAAAGGAGGCCUCAGUACUUUUUUUGAGGCUCAGGACGCUCUGGCAGCAAUCCACCAGAAGCUGGAGUCUGACGGUACAGAGCGAGUGGAAGGAUCAAUGACCCAACGAUUGGAAAAUAUUCUUAACAGAGCAAGUGACACUGCAGAUGCUCUUUUCCAGGAGGUCUUGGGGCGGAAAGACAAAGCAGACUCAACUCGCAAUGCGCUCAACGUCCUGCAGCGUUUUAAGUUUCUCUUCAACCUGCCACUCAACAUUGAACGUAACAUUCAAAAGGGAGAUUAUGAUGUGGUGAUCAACGAUUACGAGAAAGCCAAAUCUCUCUUUGGUAACACAGAAGUUCCUGUCUUCAAAAAAGUGUACGCCGAGGUUGAGACCAGGAUUACUGCUUUGAGGAGUCUCUUACUGGAGAAGUUGUUGCAGACGCCAUCAACGCUGCACGACCAGAAACGAUACAUCAGGUACCUGUCUGACCUGCACGCUCCAGGCGACCCGGCGUGGCAGUGCAUUGAAGCUCAGCACAAGUGGAUCCUGCAGCUGAUGCAAAGCUGCAAAAACGAGUUCAUCAGCGGCCAGAGAAUGGGUAUCGGAGCCAGCGUUCUGGACCUGGAGGGGGAUACCCGACCGUCGGCGCUCGGCAGGCUCAGCCACACCGCUUCCCUGAAGAGAGGGGGCAGCCUGCGAACGCAGCGACCCAGCACCUGGUGUUUCGAAACCCCCCAGCAGGUCCAGUUUGUGGAGAAACUGUCAGACGUGGUUAUUGGUCAGCUGCCAAACUUCUGGAAGCUUUGGAUUUCUUAUGUUAACGGAAGCCUUUUUAGUGAGACUGGUGAGAAAUCUGGACAGGUUGAAAAAUCAAAGAAGAAUGCCAGACAGAAACAGAAUGAAUUUAAAAAAAUGAUCGAGGACCUGAUCAGUCAGCUGGUUAAGCUCGUACGGGGGGCGCUGCUUCCCGCUACACUGCCUCCAGCGGAGCUGAGUCUGUACGGAGGCUGGGAGAAGUCAGACCUCACUGGAGUUUGGCUCACACAAGUCAUUCACACUGUCAGAGGUUGUCAUGAGGCUCUGUCCGACUCUGGAGAUCCCAAAUGAUUUGCUGCAGUGAUCCAGGAUCUGCUGCUGGACUUGAGAGGUCACUGCCUCAUGAUGACUCUGCAUCACACUACAGAAGAUGUCAAGAGGCUCGCAGAGAAAGAGGACUGGGUUGUAGAUAAUGAGGGAAUCACCAGCCUGCCGUCGCAAUUUGAGCAGCGCAUGGUGCAGAUGCUGCAGUCGCUGAAAGAGCCGCUGGAGACCAAAGUGGGAGAGAUCAAUGUGCUGCAGUUGGAUGAGGUCCAGGACUGGACCUCAGAGCUCACUGUCAACACCCUGAAGGUUUUCAUCAGCUGCUUGGGGCAGCUGAGUACGAAGACGGACACAGACAUAGAAAUAUCACACAACAUCUCAGCGGACCUCUCUUCUCCAGAUCGGUUUACCGGCAUUCAGGAGGGUUUCAGACCAACAGCUGAGCAGCGUCUGCUGAUCAUCCUCAGUAAUUGUCAGUAUCUAGAGAGACACACCUUCCUCAACCUGGCGGACCACUUUGAGAAGCACGGCUUCACAGGGACGGAGAAGAUCACACGGGUGAGCAUGGAUGCUGUACGGGAACUGGACAGAAAACUAUUUGAUGCCUACAUUGAGAGAAGAGCCGACCCUAUACUAGGCUCUUUGGAGCCUGGCAUCUACGCUGGAUACUUUGAUUGGAGCAACUGCCAGACACCCACAGGUGUGAGGAACUACAUAAAGGAAGCUCUGGUCAACAUCAUCACCGUUCACGCUGAGGUGUUCACCGUCUCCAAGGCUCUAGUACCCCGGGUGUUGUCCAAAAUCAUUGAAGUGGUUGCAGACGAGAUGUGUCGUCUCAUGCAGUGUGUGUCGUCCUUCAGCAAAAAUGGAGCACUACAGGCCCGUUUUGAACUCUGCGCUCUGAGAGACACCAUAGCCGCCUACCUAACUGCUGAAAGCAACACCAGCUUCAAGCAGGCUUUGGACGCGCUUCCUCAGUUACACAGCAGCGCUGAUAAGAAGUUAUUGGAGGAUCUUCUGAACAAUUUUAAAAGCAGCAUGCAGCUGCAGCUGACCUGCUUCCAGCCCUGCAACGUCCAGCCUGUGAAGAGAUAAAGUAACGGACGCGUCUUCAUCCGCCGCGUGCACCGCUGUAAUGUACCAUCAAGUCAUAUCAGUAACUUCAGCUCUCCAGGCUUCACUUUUUCAUCUUCUGCUCCUUCAGAUUGCACACAAAUGUCUCUCAAUCUAAUCUUGUCAAUGCUAAAUGAGUGGAUCUCAGUUUUACUGUGGAGGACAGUCCCUGAUUGGUGGAGUCUUGGUGGUUAUGCUAAUCACACACACACGCUCAUCAGGUUAGACAGUGUGCAGAAGGCUAACCUGCUAGUUUUGGGGAACGUUCUUGCUCAGUGUUGACCGGUGUCUGCUGUGCCUAGUCAGAAAAAUCAAAACAGUCAUGUUUCUGUUUUCAUCAUCGUGUGAAUUUGUUGCACAUUUCAAGUUUCUGUGACUGUUUUUACUGUCACAUUUCACAUAAAUAAAAUAAGACUGAUGA